GGCGGGUGAUUGGCUGGAGACUUGUUAACUAUUCAUGAGGGGGCAGGCCGAGCCCGGCGGCCUUUGUUAACCGGAGAGGGCGCGGUCGCCGGGGUUUUCGCUGCGGGCUUCGCUGAGCGGUUCCUGGCUCCCAGAUUGGGGUCAAGAUGUCCUACAUCCCGGGCCAGCCCGUCACGGCCGUGGUGCAAAGAGUUGAAAUUCAUAAGCUGCGUCAAGGCGAGAAUUUAAUCCUGGGCUUCAGCAUUGGAGGUGGAAUUGACCAGGAUCCCUCCCAGAAUCCUUUCUCAGAAGAUAAGACGGAUAAGGGCAUCUAUGUCACACGGGUAUCGGAAGGAGGCCCCGCUGAAAUUGCUGGGCUACAGAUUGGAGACAAGAUCAUGCAGGUGAACGGCUGGGACAUGACCAUGGUCACACACGAUCAGGCCCGGAAGCGGCUCACCAAGCGCUCGGAGGAGGUGGUGCGCCUGCUGGUGACGCGGCAGUCGCUGCAGAAGGCCGUGCACCAGUCCAUGCUGUCCUAGCAUCCCGCCGAGGUCCCGAGUCGAGCCUGCGCCUCUUUGUACAGUGACACUACUUCCACAUCUGCCCCCCCGUCCUGGCUUCUGCCGAGUGCUGGGCCCCCACUCAGACGGGCAAGAGCUGGUCCCAGAGGCCUGCCUGGCCUGCCUUCCCCUCUCACCCGUGGCCUGAGGCUCUGGGACUAGCCCUCCCUUGGACACCGAGGACUGGAAACAAUGGCCUGGAGCUGAGUUGUAGUCAGUCUGUAGUGACCACAAGCUCAGCCCCCAGACCUUGCUGCCUGGUCUCAGCCAUGCCCAGGUGAGCAGGGUCCCCACUCCCUGAGCGGCACAAAGCAGAACCAUGCCUGGUGGGCCAGCCCUGCCCUCUGUCUCAGCUCCAAAGUGCCUGUGUCCCACGCGUUCCCGUUGCUCAGAGGGGACUGGACACUUCCAGAGGCAGAAGCCCGGAUGGAAGUCAGCAGGCUCAGUUCACCCAUCGCUCCCCCACUCCUCCGAGGGAUGCUAGCCUUCCAGGGUUCACCAGCUUACAAGAUUUAGGCAAGAUUUGAGGCUGACUUUUGAGGGCAAUUUUCAGGAUUGAAAAUCUCUAUGCCUGUGCAUUUAACUUUUGUACUUUUUGAAAAUCACUUUGAUACAAAGGGUUUUUAUCUUA